AUGGUCUCGCCAGUACAAAUCACCAUCACCGCGUUUGGGGUGUCAGCCUUUGUCUCAGGCGUCUCUACUCUCAUCAACCCCAGCUACACGCUCGAAUUUCUCAAUCUACCUCCCGCGGCCCUCCCUUCAGUUAGGGGCAAUGCCUUGGCGGCCAUUGGCAUGGGGAUAUACUAUUCACUGGCCGCUUAUCAAAACAACACCGCCUUCUUUGCUGCGUCAGUGCCCAUGAGACUGCUCAGCGCCUCAAUAUUUUGGGUCCAGGGCUGGCAGGCUGCGUCUAUCUGGGAGGGAACAGGAUCUAUUGCUACGGGCUUGGCGCUCUUAUGGCAACUGCGUCUUGAGAAGGACAAGAAGGAGUGA